CUCGGAUUAUCGGCUCAGAGGACCGUCCCGGAUGUCGACCAUUCCCUCCCACGGCUGUCAUUGGUUCCGAGUACUGACAUGAUUUCCUCCGGAACGAUAUACCAGACGUACCAAAACAGGAAAUCACAGCAGCAGUGACAGCCAGUGUCCUUUCGAAAUGUAUUUUUUCUCUACCAACAGUGGUUUCUGAGGGGAGAAAAAAUAAAGAUAAUGUCAGUCUGACCUCAGAGGAGCAGCAUGCUUCCAGCCAAGCUGACCAGCGGGCUCCCUCUUAAUGCCCUGAGGAGGAUUCACGAUGGGACCAUUUACCACUGUGUUUACUCCCUGUCAAACUGCCUCCUUAAAACGGAAGGAGGAAGGACAAGAGAUGGUCUCCACUCAGAUUCCAGUGUGUUGAGGAGAGUGUUUUGCAGCCAGAGUGCAAUCCGCCCAUUGCUCAAACUACAUGACACACAGCACUAUGGGAGAAGAUCAUUCAGUUUGUCAGCUGCUACAAUUGUGAAUUCAGCACCAGCACCUGUCCAGCCAUACCUCCGGCUGAUGAGGCUGGACAAGCCUAUUGGGACGUGGUUGCUGUACCUCCCGUGUACAUGGAGCAUUGCUCUUGCUUCCGAUCCUGGAUGCCUCCCACAUUUGGGUAUGCUCACCCUGUUUGGUACAGGGGCUCUGCUAAUGAGAGGAGCGGGCUGCACCAUCAACGACAUGUGGGAUAAAGAUUUUGACAAAAAGGUGGCCAGAACAGCCACUCGACCCAUCGCAUCGGGAGAGAUUUCUCGGAUGCAGGCACUGGUCUUCCUGGGAGGACAGCUUUCCCUGGCACUUGGGGUUCUUUUGUGUCUCAACUAUUACAGCAUAGCUUUGGGUGCUGCUUCAUUAUCUCUUGUCGUCACCUACCCGCUGAUGAAGAGGAUCACCUACUGGCCGCAGUUAAUGCUGGGCCUCACUUUCAACUGGGGGGCACUGCUCGGCUGGUCCGCUGUCCAGGGCUCCUGUGAUUGGUCCGUGUGCCUCCCGCUGUAUUUCUCAGGAGUGAUGUGGACGCUGAUAUAUGACACGAUAUAUGCACAUCAGGACAAGGAAGACGAUGUCAAGGUAGGAGUCAAAUCUACUGCUCUGAGGUUCCAGGAGCAAACCAAACCCUGGCUGAGCGGCUUCUCGGUGGCCAUGAUGUCAGGACUGGUUGCAGCUGGGGUCAACGCUGAACAGACUCUGCCUUACUUUGCUGUACUGUCCACAGUGGCCAUUCACCUCACACAUCAGAUAUACACACUGGACAUUAACAAACCAGAGGACUGCUGGAAGAAAUUCAUCUCAAACAGAAACCUCGGGCUGUUGUUGUUCUUAGGAAUUGUUGCAGGAAAUUUGUGGAAAGAAAGAAGAGAGACUUUGCUGCAAAAUGAGGGAGCAGUCAGAUAAGUGUGAUAAUCAGUACAAAUACUAUUUAAUUACAUUUACAGCAAAUCACAUACUACAAUGUUGUACAGUUCCUUGUGAGAUUCUCCUUUGAAACAAAGCGACAAAAGAUGUAGUUUGAUUUUUAUCCCACACAAUAAAUUUAUCGCGUAAUUGCAGGAAUUCAA